CAUAAAGUCAAAAUUUCAGGUAGGGAGAUGUACACGCGCGCGUAAGGCAGUUGCUACCGUACGCCGCCCCUGUUCAUCUGAUACUAUCAUCAUUCAUGAUACACAAAUAAUAAGCGGAUUACGCUUUCCCCUGAUUUUCUCUCUCUUCUGAACUUUCCCAGUCUGCUCUCCUUGCGCUUUCCACCCCCCCUUUCUCGAGCGACGACAACGGUGCCGGCGAAAUUCUCAAAUCUUCGUCCGCUCGGAAAGGUGUAAAUCACCGGAAUUUGCUGUAUCUUCUUUUUUUUUUGUCCAAGCUAUCAUUUCUUCCCAGAUAUGCCUCGCACGUCAUCCAAAAAGCUCCCAGCUGCUACCUCAACCAAUUCGUCCUCGCCGGUGGAUCUCUUUCGCUCAGCUACAGGUAAAGCUGCAAAUAAAGAACUGGAGCGUAUCGAUCAACUCUUCUACCAAUAUGCAGAGAAUUCCUCGGGCUUGAUUGAUCCUGAAGGAAUAGAGGCUUUGUGUUCUGACUUGGAGGUGGAUCACACUGAUGUCCAGAUCUUGAUGCUUGCAUGGAAAAUGCAAGCUGAGAGGCAGGGAUACUUUACUUUGGAUGAAUGGAGAAGAGGCCUCAAAGCAUUACGAGCAGAUGCAAUAAUCAAACUGAAGAAAGCACUUCCUGAUCUGGAGAAAGAGGUCAGGAGGCCAUCGAAUUUUGUUGAUUUCUAUACAUACGCCUUCAGAUACUGCUUGACAGAGGAAAAGCAAAAGAGCAUUGAUAUCGAGAGCAUUUGUUUGCUUCUAGAUCUUGUUUUGGGAGAUCAGUUUAGACUUCAAGUUGAUUACUUGGUUCAGUUCCUAAGGGUGCAGACUGAUUUCAAAGUUAUAAACAUGGAUCAAUGGAUGGGUUUCUAUCGUUUUUGCACUGAGAUAAGCUUCCCAGAUCUUAGCAAUUAUGACCCAGACAUGGCUUGGCCCUGGAUCCUGGAUAAUUUUGUUGAUUGGAUGAGAUCGAAGCAGGGUUAGAAUGGGAUUCUCAUCAGUCUAGACUGUGACGAAAAGCAUCAUUGUGGCACAAUCUAAUGGCUGGGUGACUUCACAUGUGUUGGACCACAGACCUCUCAGUUCUCAAACACAGGUGUGGCACCGAACGUUUAGAAUCUUGUCACAGCAAAGCUUAGCCUAUUAAUUAGAUGACAUUGGGAUUGGGGUUGGAGAGGGGGAGAAAGAAGAUGUACUGUUUUGACAUAUGUUGGACGGCAGCGUGGCAAUAUGCAUGAAAGCUGCCCUUUGUACCUUGUGUAGAAUCCUUUAUUUUUUUUUGGUUUUGUAUGAUUUUUCUGAUUGAUGAUCCUGUCUUCCUCCCGAUUCUUUUGUAACGAGCAGAUAUGAACUGAAGGAGCCUUAUUCAUCAAGAAUCGUAUACUUGUGUGUAUCAUGAAUAUAAAAGGUUUUUAGCUAGGGGCAUAUUGUUUCCCCCCUGAAACAUUGUGUUGUUCUAUUGCCAGCCAUUGGUGUAUGUGUUUUUGCAAUAAUUCCUUGGCCAGGUUUUGUAGUGGGAUGCAGAUGCCGUGAUGGAACAGCAAGCUUCGUGGGGACAAUGUUACUAAUUGCUGGGGCAUUUAUGAGUUUAAGAAUUCACAGAAAAGUUCUGGACAUUGGGUUGGUAAAUCAAGGAAAAAAGAGCCUCCAUAAUUCAAAAAGUAGGUUCAAUACAUUAUUUGCUUUCAACAUCCUAAAGAACCUGGUCUCCCUCACUUUAUAAUUGAAGCGCAUUACUUGAGACCAUGUUCAGUACCAUAAAUUAAAAGGCCUCAGUACCUCGAACCUGUAUUAUAGUACCUCAGUUUGGUUAGCUACUUUACAGUUAAUGUACUUUUUUCUGCAUAAUCCAAAAC